AGGACUGACCUGUCCUGCCGGUUGCUCAAGAACUCAUGAGAGGCUGGUUGAGUAAAUGAGUACAUCCUGUUUAAGUUAAACUGAUUCCAGUCGAAAGUCGAAACCAGCUUUGACUAUAAGUCACUGACGGUCUGGCCCCACCGUUGAAUCAGCUUCAGGCGGCCACCAACUGCAGCAGCCCGGCGGCCGCAUGCCCGCAUCGUCGCCCGUUCAACCCUCGUGCCGAGCUGACGUUUACCGGCCGGUUGCCGUGGCACGCGCGCGUUGACGCGCCUCCUCCUUCGCCGUCCCUCCUACCUGCUCGGCCUGGCUGCUCGCGUUUUUUACUCUGAACUCCCCGACCCGAUCAACCACCGCGGCGCGUGAGUCCAUUCAUCCCCAAAUCCACCCGAGAAAGAAAGGAAGCAAAGCGAAGCGAAUCCAACGAUUUUUCCCAUGGAGCAGCCCAAGCCGCCGUCGGUAGCCGCCUCGGCGGCGGAGGCGCAGAACCCGAACGCCUUCACCUGCGAGCUGCCGCACUCCAUCUACGCGCUGGCCUUCUCCCCCUCCGCGCCCGUCCUCGCCGCCGGCAGCUUCCUCGAGGACCUCCACAACCGCGUCUCCCUCCUCUCCUUCGACCCCGUCCACCCCACCGCCGCCUCCUUCCGCGCCCUCCCCGCGCUCUCCUUCGACCACCCCUACCCGCCCACCAAGCUCCAGUUCCACCCGCGCGCCGCCUCCGCGCCCCACCUCCUCGCCUCCUCCUCCGACGCGCUGCGGCUCUGGCUUGCCCCGCUCGACGAUCUCGCCGCCACCGCCACCGCCGCCGCGCCCGAGCUCCGCUCCGUCCUCGACAACCGCAAGACAUCCGCCUCCGAGUUCUGCGCCCCCCUCACCUCCUUCGACUGGAACGAGGCCGAGCCCCGCCGCAUCGGGACCGCCUCCAUCGACACCACCUGCACCAUCUGGGACAUCGAGCGCGGCGUCGUCGAGACGCAGCUCAUCGCGCACGACAAGGCCGUGCACGACAUCGCCUGGGGGGAGAACGGCAUCUUCGCCUCCGUCUCAGCCGACGGCUCCGUCCGCGUCUUCGACCUCCGGGACAAGGAGCAUUCCACCAUCUUCUACGAGAGCCCCCGCCCGGACACGCCGCUCCUCAGGCUGGCAUGGAACCGCUAUGACUUCCACUACAUGGCCACCCUGCUCAUGGACAGCAGCGCCGUCGUCGUGCUCGACAUGCGCGCGCCCGGGGUGCCGGUGGCCGAACUACACAGACACCGGGCGUGCGCCAACGCGGUCGCUUGGGCGCCACAGGCCACGAGGCACCUUUGCUCGGCUGGGGACGACGGCCAAGCGCUGAUUUGGGAGCUGCCAGCGACGCCCGGCGCAGUGCCGGCCGAGGGGAUUGAUCCUGUGAUGGUGUAUGAUGCCGGUGCAGAGAUAAACCAACUGCAAUGGGCGGCAGCUUACCCGGAGUGGAUAUCGAUUGCCUUUGAGAACAAGGUCCAGCUUCUCAGGGUCUGACGAGAUGUUUUCUGAAGGAUGUUCGACUCUGAAGCCUUGGCGUUUCUUCUAUUCCAUCAGUUCACAUGUGUCUUAUGUUGGUGAUCUCUUGAUAUAUUCAUUACUCUACUCUCCUGCUAAGCUACGGAAAGCAUGAAACUUGCAGCAAGGAUUGAUCUUGUGGCCAGCUUUAACUUGAACUUUGUGGAAGUUAUCUGUGUUGUGAACAUAGAAAUAUAGAUACUAGCCUGCCAGUACAAGAAUCAGCUGAUGAAUGGAUAGAUGGACUGCUCACUGCUCCUGCAUUUAGUCCUGUAGUCAUUUUCGUUUUUCUGCUCGUGCUGUGCUAUUCAUCGCGCUAACUUUCUUCAUUUGCUUCUUGAUAACAUUAUCAUAUGCUAAUAUAAUAUUUCCUGGAUAUUUGAUCAUGUUUAGGUUGUACAAUGUGUCUUCUUUUCAUACAUAUUUCCUGGAGUAGGAUUUAGGUAGGGAGUAGGGGGGGUCUUCUCAACCACCAAAGAGGUCUGAAGAGAUUAUUUCAAACCUGUAAUUAAAGCUUUUGAGGGCCUAGCAAAGAUUUUGAUGCCAACACAUUCUCAGUCUUUUUUUAUUC